AUGGCUUCCGACAGUUCAGACGACGAUAUGCCUAUUGCGAGGGCAAAUGGGCGUUUGUCAUCCUCGAAGAUAUCUCGCACCGAAGACAUCGCCUUGGAUAAGUCCAUGUCCAAGCCCUCUGGAAUGGCAGGCUUGUCCAUCCGAAAUGGGCCUAUUGAGAACGGCGAGAUGGAUUUGGAUUCGCCGUCUACCAACGGAUCCAAGCGCAAGUCACGAGAGUCGAUCAUCAAGGUUGACUACAAGGAUGAGUCGGAAAGUGAUGGUGAGCCUCUGGCGAAACGACAACGAUCCAAAAAGGUCCAGGAGUCGGAUUCAGACGAUGAGCCUAUGGUGAAGGCUAGAGGGAAGAAACUGCCGCCGUCUUACAAAGAGACCGCGCUACCUCAGUCCUCUUCUGAUGAGCAGCCACUCGGUGUUAAGCUCGCUAAGAAAAAGGCUGACAUCGAGAGAAAAGGUGAAUUGGAGGCCAAGGCGAUUCGUGCUAAGGAAGCGAAGGCAAAGGCGACACCGAAGAAGGCUAUUAAGAACGAAUCGGAUGAUGACCUGCCUCUCGCGUCAUCCCACAAGCGACAAGCGAAUGGCUCAACUGCAAAGAGGAAAUCUACGGUCGUGAAGAAGGAUGAAUCUGAUUCUGAUGCUCCCAUCUCCAAGAAGUCCAAAGCUGCCAGUGCCUCUGCCAAGGGGAAGAGAGUUUCGUCAGCAAAGGAUACAAAGGACACUAAGAAGGGCAAGUCUAAAGAACCCAGCGAUGAGGAUGAAGAAGAAGAGUUUGAAUGGUGGAAUGCGCCAAAGCGAGAGGAUGACAGCAUCAAGUGGAAUACCCUUGAGCACAACGGAGUUCUCUUUGCGCCAGAAUAUCAACCUCUCCCAAAGAACGUCAAGAUGUACUACGAUGGCAAACCUGUGACCCUCAGUCCGGAAGCAGAGGAAGUCGCUACAUUCUGGGCGUCAAUGAUGACCGCUGCUUCUACUCAUCACCUUGACAACCCCAUCUUCCGCAAAAACUUCUUCGCCGAUUUCUCUGAUUUCAUCAAAAAGUAUGGCGCCAAAGACGCUAGUGGAAAUAAGAUUGACAUCAAGAGCUUUGACUUGUGCGAUUUCUCCAAAAUUGCAGAAUAUUGGGCGGCAAAGAAUGAAGCCAAGAAAGCCAUGACCAAAGAGGAGAAGGCAGCUGCCAAGGCCGAGAAAGACGCUCUCGAAGCUCCAUAUCUUCACUGCACGUGGGACGGAAGAAAGCAGAAAGUUGGAAACUUUCGAGUGGAACCUCCAAGCUUAUUCCGUGGUCGAGGCGAGCAUCCCAAGACUGGUAAAGUCAAGACUCGAGUUUUACCGGAGCAGAUCACCAUCAACAUUGGCAAGGGUGCCAAAAUCCCAACUCCGCCAGCUGGGCACAAGUGGAAGGCCGUCCAGCAUGACCAAAAAGCUACCUGGCUUGCCAUGUGGCAGGAAAACAUCAAUGGCGCUUACAAGUACGUCAUGCUUGGCGCUGCCAGUGAUGUCAAGGGUCAGAGUGACUAUAAAAAGUUCGAGAAGGCUCGUGAGCUCAAGAAGCACAUUGAUAAGAUUCGCCGAGAUUAUACCAAAGAUCUUAAGAGUGAGGUUAUGGCAGAUCGUCAAAGAGCUACAGCCAUGUACCUGAUUGAUAAGCUUGCUCUUAGAGCUGGAAACGAGAAGGACACGGAAAACGAGGCCGAUACUGUUGGUUGCUGCUCAUUGAAGUACGAGCAUAUCUCCCUGCAGCCCCCAGACCAAGUCACAUUUGACUUUUUGGGUAAGGAUAGUAUCAGGUACAACGAAACAGCCCGCGUGGAUCCCCAAGUUUUCAAAAACUUGAAGCUAUUCAAGAAGGCACCAAAGACUGAUGGCGACGAUCUAUUCGAUCGCCUCAACACAUCUCAACUGAACAAGCACUUGAACAGCUACAUGCCUGGGCUGACUGCCAAGGUCUUCCGUACUUACAAUGCGUCGCACACCAUGUCCGAGCUGCUCAAGGAGCUGGGUAAGGACCCACGCUCUCGGGGAACCAUUGCGGAAAAGGUGAAGCUGUACAAUGACUGCAACCGCAAGGUUGCCAUUCUUUGUAACCAUAAGCGAACUGUUGGCGCGGGGCACGAGCAGCAGAUGCAGAAGCUUGGAGAUCGCAUUAAGGGCCUCAGGUACCAAAAAUGGCGGACAAAGAAAAUGAUUCUUGACCUCGAUGCAACUCAAAAGAAGAAGAAGGGCGCAGCCUAUUUUGUGCGAGAUGAGGAUCUCGAUGAUGAAUGGGUCAAGGAGCACCAAGCCUUCUUAGUUGACGAACUGCGCACCAAGAUCCAGAAGAAGUUUGAAAAGGACAACGAAAAGCUCAAGGCUAACAAGGAGCGAGUCAUGCCUGAAAAGGAGCUUAAAGAACGCCUUCACGCAGUCAAGGAUCUCGAAGCCAGAUUCAAGAAGGAGAAUAAAACUGGCAAAGUCGAAGCCGAAGGCAGAGGAGCGUCAGUCGAAAAAUUUUUGUCUUCCAUUGACAAGAUUGAUGAGCGCAUCAGGGUCUUGGAGACUCAAGCCGAAGACCGUGAUGGCAACAAGGAGGUUGCUCUGAGCACUUCGAAGAUUAACUACAUUGAUCCUCGUCUGACGGUAGUUUUCUCGAAGAAAUUCGAUGUUCCUAUCGAGAAAUUCUUCUCCAAGACUUUGCGAGACAAGUUCCGAUGGGCUAUCAAAUCCGUCGAAGACGCAGAAGACUGGGAAUUCUAA